AGAUAGAGACGCCCAUCUACGAACGCAUAUACUCAUGUGUCUAAAGCAUAGCGGAUGGCGGCUGUCAACUGGUUGGUUCUUGCACUAAACAGGGUGGGAUUGUACGCUGACAAUUAUUGUUGAAAUUCGCAUCCCCUUAAAUCGGCGUAGUAUUUUAUUUCGUUUUGACCCGAUUAUCGUACCUACGAUGAGUUAGUGACGUUAGUAACAACCGUUUUAUGACAUCGGAAAUAGAGACAAUGGGUGAGCAGCCAAUAUUUACGUGUAAGGCACACGUCUUCCACAUUGACCCAAAGACCAAACGGUCUUGGGUUUCAGCCUCAACUGCUGCCGUUUCGGUCUCAUUUUUCUAUGACUCAACAAGAAGUUUAUACAGGAUUAUCUCUGUUGAGGGUACUAAGGCUGUCAUCAAUAGCACCAUCACACCAAACAUGACAUUCACCAAAACGUCACAAAAGUUCGGACAGUGGUCUGAUGUCCGAGCCAAUACUGUUUAUGGUCUAGGCUUUUCAUCUGAAGCAGAGUUGGGCAAGUUCAUUGAAAAAUUCCUUGAAGUAAAAGAGGCCACGAAAAUUGCUGGCGCCAAACUCCAGUCCAAUAGUUCAUCUGUGACACCGGCAACAAGUGCAAACGUUAGUCCAAUCACAUCUAGGUCUGUGUCCUCUCUGCCGUCUUCGGAACAAGAUCUAAUAGACCCGCCCAACUCGUCAAUGAUAAGUUCCAAUUUGUCGGCGUCUAACAAUCCGAACCCAAAUGCGAACUUGAUAUCUGCACAAAACAGUGUGCCGUUGGUCAGUAGUAGCCCUUUGCCAGGAGGCUGCCAGAGUAAAAUGGACGAGGAAUUGAAGAACGCAAUACACGCUAGGUCGCAGAGUAUGUCGCAGCAAAGUACAGAAAGCCCUCAGCACCAAGGAAAAUCCUUACAACAGAUUGGAUCUAGCCAAUCUAACCAGUCGACAGAGGCUCAGCUCAAAUACGAUAACGACAGAUUAAAAAUCGCUCUUGCUCAGAGUUCGGCAAAUGCCAAAAAGUGGGAGGUUGAACUGAUAGCCGUAAAUACGGCAAAUGCUAGACUGACAAGUGCCCUGCAAGAAUCAACGGCAAAUGUAGACGAAUGGAACAGACAGUUGCAAUUAUAUAAGGAAGAAAAUGCCAGGCUAAGGGCAAAGUAUGCGGAUUUAGAGGCCAGCAAAAUUUCUGAGGGUAACAGUGAGGCGCUCAGGCUGAGAGUUGAAGCACUGGAAAAUGAACUGAGAUCGCGAAACGAGGAGAUUAAAAGCCUGACCAUGGCCACAAAGAAAAAAGACUAUAUGUCACUGCAACAGGAGAACGGAGAGCUACGGGAAAUGUUGAACACUGUUCACGAGCAGCUGGAACUUGCCCUGAGUGCCAAUAAGGUGCAAAAACAGAACUUGGAUACUCUGAACUCGAGAUUAGCUGGCUACAUACAGGACCUGGAAACGGUACACCAGGAAAUAACGAACACGCUUCAAACAUAAGUCUAAAUGAUGUUAUAAUUUUUAAUAACAUUCGUAGAUUUUAUGAGAUAAACUAUACUCCUUAAAGGCUUCAUUAACGGGGGAAAUCUUAUCGUGAAAAAGGUGUGGAGCGCAUAUAUCAUUGGCUAUAAUGGAGCCUUUAUUAUUGACUUAUAUUUUGCAGAAAUCUAAGUUUCUUAAAACACUAGUUGAUUGUUGCAAAAAACAAUUCUCUUCAUUGUUUUAAAACAUAUGAUUGUUCGAAUAUCGAUAUGCCGUGUUUUAAGAUGAAUUGUCGAUUCUUAUAUUAGAUAUUUAUAUGUUGAAUUCAAUUUCAUGAUUCAAUCGAAGCUUUUCCCCUGUACAUUACAUCUAGCUAUUACCUACGAUUUUAUAACCGACGGAGUUAACAUCGUAUAGUAUAGUAGUAAAUUUCAUAGCAAUUUAUUGGCGAAGAAAAAAUGCACAAUCGAACUUAUUAGGGUUUCAUAGUAAAUAUCUGAACAGCCAGUGUGAUUACUUUUUCAUUUUACUAGAAGCUGCGUUCGUCGUCAGAAAAUUUUGAAACAAAAGAUGUUGAGAGCAAGCAUACAAAAAGGAUCCAACAAUUAAACUUGCAUAAACAAAAAAAACUUGCUCAAAUCGUUCGGCCAAUUCUUUUACAAUGUGCUAAUGUUAUGAUACUUUCGUAAGUGGAUAUCGCCACCUUGCUGGUUAUUUAGGUCUCUGUAGUUCGAGAAUUUAUUUUAAUUGAAUUAAAUGUUGAGAAAGUCGCGCAAUCUACCGUUAAGUGUAAGCUGAAACACAUAUUGCGUAUACCGUACGAAGUCUAUUUCAGCUUAUUGAAUAAGAAAAGAGAAAGAAAAAAAGAAAUCUAGCAUGAAAUCCAAAGUUUGGUAUUAUUCUUUUUUCGAACCUAUCAUAGUUAUUACAAUUUUUUUUGUUGUGCGUCAUUUGGUAAUCAGGAGUUUCUCCACAAUUUUUCAUCAUUUUUGUUUUUGCAGUUUCUUCAAAAUCCUUUCUUUCUCUUUCUCAUUUCGACAAUAAAAAAUGGGCUGAAAAGGCUGACUGAAAAAUAAACUGGUAGUAUAUAAUAUUUACAAUAGUAUUAUGUGAAAAGGACGUAAUAGCGAUGUUUUAAAUCGAGAAAUUGGAAACACAAACCUCGCUCGCCAUUUAUAUUAUCUUAGUGAAAUGAGUCUCAAACGCUCCCUAACUUGAUUUAUAACAAACAUGAAAAAGCAAGAACUCAUUACAGUUAUUUAUAAUUUUAGGCAAGUAUUUUAUUCAUCGAGUUAGGUCUCAUAUUUUAAGCCAACUGUAAUCUUGCGUCAACGAAAAAUGCUUGCUUUCACAUUUAUUUAUUGCAUUUACAUUAAUAUUAAGCCAUUUGAUGCUUAGAUCAGAUAUAGAUUUUAAUAACGAAACAACAAUCUGCAAGUUUUUUCCGUCAUUAUCAUAGAUCUGUACGUAGUAAUAAUAUUUUAGUUUAGCCGAGUUGUUUAGAAAUUGAAUCCAUUCUUCCAAAUCUUUCUGGUACAUUUUAAAAAUCUUUUUACAAAGUCUAAGCUGUUGAAUUUCUGUUUUUCUCACAAAAUUUUGUCCGCGUACCUUACGUUUUUCCCGUUUCUGUAUUCCGUACAAGUUCUUUUUGGCGUAGAAUAACUUUUUGAUAUUCUUUAUGUUCAUAAUGCUUAUCAUAUUCCGUCUUAUCCAUCCGGACACUGUAUUUUAACUUAACAAUUCGCAUCUUUUUAAUUACUGUUUUAUAAUGUUUUUCCUAUUUUUUCAGCUGCUAUCUCUCAUUUUCACGUCAAAUCAGCACUUGUAUCGGAUUCAUGUUACCAAUGACUUUUUAAUUCCAAUUUUACUAAAAUCUUUUGUCGUUCCAUGUUUCCUAUUUAUUCAUAUUUUAAUACUGUAAUAAUUUUCGAAUGGAGAAAAAAAAAUCUUCGUUCUACUCACUCCAAAAUCACCGAGAAAUCUCAAAAUAUAAUCUCUGUUGAAUUGAUUUUUACCAAUCAACACAUGCAAUCUAUUUUUUAAGACACGUAAGAAAAUAUAUAGAUAUAUCUUUAUUUCUACAUUUCUACAGCAUAAACAUUUCCUUCUCUGUCCCCUUAUUUCUGUUGUUUAAUAUUAUAUGUUUUCUC